AUGUGGCUGAAAAACAUCAACUUGAAGAAACCACCCAAAACACUGUAUGUCUGCUCGAUUCAUUUUGUGGACAAAAAACCAACGGAGGAAAACCCGCAUCCUACUUUGUGGCUGGGCUACGUCAAACCACCUGAGAAGAGACGCCGGAUCCUCAAAAGGAUUGACAGCAGCACUGUCAGGAGAACAUCAGAUGAGCUUCAUGAGAUGGAUCAGAGUGAGGAGCUGUGCUCAACACAAAAGCUAACCUGUGAUGCCCAAACACAGUGGUCAGACCCUGGGAUGGAGGACCACACCUAUUCAAAAAGACCCAGCAUCACAUUAGGAAUAAGUGCACCAUCCCCAGAAUUGCCACACCCAGUUGCAGACAGUAUUUUGAAGAGCGAUGCAGACUCCCUCUUGUAUACAGGGAUUCCACUCAUUGUGUUUCACACACUUGUAUCCUGCCUACAACCAUUCGCUCCUACUUCAUCAUCGAUGCCUGUUGUGGACCAAGUUCUAAUGGCUUUAAUGAAACUAAGGCAAAACUUUGUCAUGGCUGAUUUAGCACAGCGGUUUAAAACGUCACAAGGUCAGGUCAGCAAGACUGUUGGAAUGUGGAUAGACAUAAUGUCUGAACACACCAAGGAUCUUGUUUUGUGGUUGCCUCGUGAAACAAUCAAAGCAACAUUGCCAAAAGCUUUUAAAGAGCACUUUACGAAUACAACCUGUGUAAUUGACUGCACAGAGACAGUUUUGCAGAAAGCCAAAAACUUGGACUCUAGAAGUGAAUCAUAUAGUCACUACUAUGCCAGCAACACAGUGAAAUAUUUAGUGGCAGUUUCUCCCUCUGGAAUUAUCAUGUUUGUUUCAGAUGCGUAUGGUGGCAAAUGCAGUGACAGGUACAUAACACAGAACUCAGGGUUUCUGGACUAUUUACGUGCUGGAGAUGAGGUGAUGGGUGACCGUGGUUUCACAGUUAGGGACUUGCUGGAGGAGCGAAGGGUGAAUCUAAUCAUUCCAACAUUCACACGCAAAGGAUGCCAGCUGACAAAUGAUGGGGUCACACGCACACGUCGCAUUGCUCAUGCCCGCAUUCAUGUUGAACGGGCAAUAAGGCGUCUGAAGGUGUACAAGAUUCUUUCUCAAACAGUGCCCAUUAACUUGGUGCCAAAAAUAGACAAAAUGCUCAAGAUCUGUGCUGGUUUAGUGAAUUUAAGAGGUGAACUUAUUUCAAGUGGAAAGUGAGACAUUUAAAUUACACUUACAUAUUGAAUUCAUUGAACAUUUUCUGAUAACAAAUUAGAUAAAACUACACUUACAUAUUGAAUUCAUUGAACAUUUUCUGAUAACAAAUUAGAUAAAACUACACUUACAUAUUGAAUUCAUUGAACAUUUUCUGAAAAUUAUUUUAAAUGUUAUUGCACUGUUCUCUUUUGAAGUGUUUUAACUUGUGAAAUAGUAUUUCGUUAUGUACCUGCAUAAGAAUGACAAAGUGAAUAAUUCAAUCAAUCAAUCAAUCAAAUUAUAUAAAACUACACUUAUGUACAAAUUGUUACACAUGUUUGAAAAUAAAUAUCAAAUAUUGAAUUCAUUGAACAUUUUCUGACCCUCUCAACAGGUAAAGUGCUGUAUACAGUAGUUUGAGCUGCAACA